AUGCGUUUGGCCCUGAGUACGGAAGAGCCCGAGUUUGACCUUGACGUUUUGUUUGAAGAGGAUGGUCCAAAGGAAGAACAUUAUGAAUGUGAACCCGUCCAGUACGCAUGUGGUGUAAGGCUUAGGCGAAAGAUCAACAUCGACAGAAAUCGUAACGCAUCAGUCAUAAGUCGAACAGUUCCAAUCUCUAAGGAUUGGAACAUAACAGUAUGGGAAUGGGAAAAACCUGCUGCCGUUGUAGAAACUUACUGGCAGGUUGAGCAACAAGGCCUUGCUCUCACCGCAGCAAGUUACUCACCAUCUCGCCAGACUUUACUUGACCCCUUUGGAUUGAUCUCUUGGCCUGGUGCUGUAGUGGCAGCUCAAGAAAUGCAAGAAUACGAGCACUUGAUCCGUGGUAAGAAAGUUCUUAUUUUGGGAUCGGGGGUAGGUAUUGAGGCCCAGGCGGCAGCAUCGCUGGGGGCAGGUUCGGUAUUAGCAACGGACAUUCAUCCAACAACUUUGAAGUUGCUAGAAUAUGGUGCAAAAGAAGCGGGCUUUAGGGGAGUUAUAUCAACAAGGGUGCUUGACCUCUUUUCAGUGGAGCCGCUACCCGAUUGCGACUUUAUGAUUGUAGCUGACGUGCUAUACAAUGAUAGACUGGGAGCACAAGUUGCAAAGCGCUGUCUCGAAGUAAGAAAGAACAACUCUUCGACUGUGGUCCUUAUUGCAGAUUCGCAGCGCUUUGUGCGCGAGUUUGAAAAGGAUUUAAACCAGGGCUUCCGCGCUCUAGAACAACCUCGUGUAGCAUGGGUUUCGCGUUGGCUGCCUCAAUUUACUGGGAGCGGCGUCCUAAUUGACACAGAUCAAACAUACUCGGUCAAGGCGCGUAUUAUCUGGAUUGGACUGAAUACAAGAAAGUAA